ACUCACAAUAAGACUUCUAUGUUAUCUGACUUUGAAAAUGUCACUGGUUCUGUCUCAGUCCUCCCAGUUCACCUUUUGGCAAAGAGAUGACAGAAUAAGCAAUUUUCAAGAGAAAGGGAAAAUGAUACAUGCGGAAGUUAUACAGGGUCUUGUCUGGAUUAAAAAUGGCAAAACUGAUGUAAAUAAUUGUGAUAUAAGUCACAAUGGCCUAAAUAUAUCCCUGUAGUGGUGUCAUCGAGUGUAAAAUCUUAUCAGGGGAAUUCAUGCCAACAUGCUUAAUUAGGCCUGAAAGUGUCACCAUAUGUUUCUAUCAUUUAUAUUUUUUUUAAAAAGAAUUUUUUUUGCUUUGAUUUGUUUGACUAAUUUAUUUAGCUCGUAGAAUAUCCAUGCAUCUUAUACAACGGGGACAAGAGACCAUGAUAACUGGUGAUUUAGCAAUUUAUAGUGCCACAAUAUAACAAAGGAAAUUGCCGUGCCCUGUGGGAAACAUAUAGAUGGAGACAGAGUUGUAAUUGGCCAGUAUGCUAUAAAACUUUAUUAUGUCACAUAGUCUCAUACAAAUUGUCUUUGGUUGACAUUAUUAAUGUCAAUAUGCUCCUCAUAUUCACACUCACUACAUGACCCAUGAUUACGGAAUGUGUUACAUAUUAAAUGUAAGUGGGGUCUGAUGAAGUCAUAAUAUAAUAUUGAGGGACAUUAAUGACCUUAGUGACAAAAGUGCUUCUCAUGCUGAAACAGAAUUAGAUCAACGAGGACUGACAUAUUCGUUAAUUAUGCCACCUUUGGUCCGCUUUUUGUCUCCAUAAAGGUCUUUGACUGUAUCUCUCUUUCGAAUCUGUUCUUCUCUCAGAGAAGGCCUGCAUGCGCAGUAUGCAUGUUUCCCAUGCAGGGCUCCAAAUCCCUUUAUAAACCACGCCUGGGUCACCUAGAAAGUCAUAGCUCUUGCAAACAGGGAGACAGAAAGCUAAGUGCCGCUCAAAGCAAAGAAUCUCCUGUCAUUUAAACCACCUCUGUUUUGCAUUAUUUCCUUGGGUACUAUGUGGAAAGCUAUGGUUCUGGCUGUAUGUCUGCUGGUGGCUGGGGUUCAGCCCAUGGACAACCCAACGUAUGGGGUGAAGCUAUGUGGCCGUGAGUUCAUCCGGGCAGUCAUCUUUACUUGCGGAGGCUCACGAUGGAGACGGUCACUCAGGAGUGUAGAUGUUUCAGAGGAUCCAUUCAGCUCCCGCCAGGAGGAGUCCUCAGAGGUCUUCAGUCACAACUCCGUGGUGGAGAGUCUCCUCCAAAGGAACAGAGAUCCAAGCUUCCCACCCAGAGACAACCAGGAGGGAGUGUUCAGCAGGCCGGCCCGUUCUUUCAUCACUGAGGACAUCCUGGAAGCCCUUCGCAAGGCUGACCGCAAGGGCCGGGACGUGGUGGUGGGCCUGUCCAACGCCUGCUGCAAGUGGGGCUGCAGCAAGAGCGAGAUCAGCUCCCUUUGCUGAGAGUCGACCGUCGCCAUCUGAGUGAAUACACACAUAUAUUGUAUACAUAAGUACACAAACAGACACACAAAUAGACACACACUUUUUUCCAUUUUUCGGGACUCUUAGGUCAUUUUAUAUCCAGUGUCUUUCAAUUAAACCAUUAUAACUGUUUGAAUUGUUGUUUUAUUUUUAGCAUAUAUGAAGUAUAUGGAAAGGGCUGCCAUGUAUUCAAAAUAUUUAUUUAUAUUUCUGUUAAAAAAAAUUUAUUCUAGGCUUUGUAAUGAACAGCCUUAAAUCUUGCAAAGCUGUUUUGUCCUUCCCAACCACUAUCAUACACAUUGUAAUAAACUGUUUGGGUUUUUUUUUCAUUACCAGCCGAAUUGUGUGCCUGCAAUUCAAGGGAAUAAAAUGCUUUAUUAAGAUCAUUUGACAACAACUGCUUAAAGGUCAUAAUGUCUAAUCUUGUUUAUUAUAAUUAUAAGUACAUUGUUGGUAUUUUGCAUUUGUUUCACACAGAGCGCUAAAUGGGUUAAAGGUUCAAACCCAUAAUAAAAAUGUAUUAAAAGAA